GUUUCUUCCACCUUCAUUGGCAUUUUUGGGCUUCAGAAGACAGACAAGGAGCACCAUUUCUUGCAGCUGCCUGUCAGGAAGCCCAUUCCUUUGCCACCUGUGUGGUUCUUAUUACCGUGCCCACACUGCUGGACCUUUUGACGCAUUGUGUCUACUUCCAUCGCGACUCUAUCCUCGACGUCCUUUUCCAUGAGGACUCAGGAACGGAAGAACUCGACAAUAACAUACAUGUUGCGCACACAUUAUUGUCGGCCCUAAAAACAGUCAUUUGAUUCUCGCCCUGACAUUGCGCGUUGAGGACCCGUUCCGUUCAUACCUGUUAUAUUAUCGGCUACUUACAGAACGCCAUCCGUGGUUGCGGUGCCUCAUUAGGAAGGCCAUGGUUGCACAGAACCAUGAGAGUGACAUAUGACAAUGACAACACCAGUGCAUCCGUCGUCUCAAGGCGGCGAUUUUACAAGAGUUCCGAAGAGACGAGCCAACUCUUGCGUGCCCUGCCGCGUGAGCAAGUCCAAGUGCUCGGGCGGAAUUCCUUGCUCAACUUGUCAGCGGAAGCGCAAGAAACCUCGAUGCUUCUAUCCCAGUGUGCUGACCAGGGAUGGCGAGGACAGUGAAGCCCUGAGAUCCGGUUCAUUGGACCAUGACCAGGCCGAAGACACCGAUGGCUUCGGCCAACAAGAUCAAGUUCCUGACUACGGAACAAACGGCGCAGAUGAUCGCGGUCUCCCAUUCAGGGUUCACGAUGACUUCUAUGCUGGCUUCUCGCUGGCGUGUACCAUAGACGAGUAUCGGUCGCUGCUAUCUACAGAGGGGCGCGUUAAGGAUAUUGUCGACUCUAUCCACACAGUUCGGAUCUUCAAACCCCAAUACGAUGAGGAAGACGGACUACUUGCAAGCGAUGCGCAAGACCCUGAGCAAUUGCUCUCUGCAGUGGGACCCCGCUCAUCAGUGGCCGCUGAUGUCGACAGUCAGUUCUCAAAAGCUCUUCGGCAAUUAUAUUUGAAAUAUUUGAAGACAAGAAAGCUUUUGGACGAGGGUUUAGUUGCUCAAGCUUGGAUCGCGCUUGCUUCCCUCGUGCGUGAAGCUCAGAUAUAUGGAUUGGAACAGGAUAGGCACGCCGAUGAUCCAGAAUAUCGUCGACGCAUCUUGUGGCUUCUGGUCGACCUCGAUGCUCAACUCACUUUCCUUCUGGGUCAUGAAUCUGUAACCUCUUGUUUCCGUCCGAGCGCCAAACCAUCACUCAGAGCUCUGAAAGGCGAGGAGAGGACGCUUCGAGAAAAUGUUCAAGACUUCUCUUCUUUCGCAUUGGAAAUCAUGGAAUACAUCAACACUAACAAGGCAGAGGACGAGAGGUCCUCACGACUCAGAUCACAGAGACUGGAAGAUGCUCUACGCGUUCUACAAGAGCACAAAACCCGACUUCCUCCGCUUCAACAAGAAAACCUGACAGACUCAACACUAUGGACGGCUAUCGCUGACCACCAGUUUGAGGUGCAACUAUUUGAAGUUGCCCUUCAAUGUAGAAUGGCUCGACAGUCCCUGCCGGAGCCGUCACAAACCAUCACCGAAGUGCAGGAGACGUUGACCAAAGCAGGAAGGCCUCGUCUUCCGCGGAAAGUAACACCGAAGGACAUUCCCAGAGACCUGCUUCAAUCAGUGAGACAAGUUGUUGAUGUCUUCGAGUACAUUUACCACCUUGAUGCAACAAAUACCGCUUCUUCCUGGUUGCGUUGCUUCGGCCUUUACUGCGCAGCUGUCAUAUUGGCCAUCUCUCUGCUGCGGGGGGAGAAUGAUGUGGAAGAAGAUGUCUUUCGUGUCGAGCGGGCUCUGAAAAUCUUCCAAGAUUUUUCGGGCCCAACACGGCCGUCAAUUGCAUUACUUGCUGUGUCAAGUCUGACUGAGCUCAUCAACGAAAUGAAGAGUGACAAUCGACAGAAUGAGGAUUCCGGUGCUGACGCCGACUCAGAGUUUGAAGAUUCAGAGCGACCAGUCAGCAAUCAGCCCUCCACAGCCACUCGAGUGGAAGCUGGCGAACAAUCUGUACAUCUGGAGGCUGGAGAGCCACCGAGUGUCAAACGCCCAAAUCCCUCCUCUUUCCAGAAUCAGCAUCGAUCCGAGAAAAGGAGCAGAUACGACGAGAUGCAGACAAGUUUUGAUCGUACCACGCAUGGAAGUCUUGUUACUUGGCAGGUGAGACCUGAGCAAGCUCAUCAGCCAUACAGUCAGCCCAUGGCUACAUAUGGGGACAUGGCAGCUGCAUCGUUCCAUGAGCCGCGGACCCAAGGCAGUUUCGAGCCACAUUCUUUCCCCACCAGUGCAGCAAGUUCAUUCAAUUCCAACAUGGACUAUCCUUCAGCUCAUCCGGAUGACCCUGCUGGGCAGCUGCCCUAUCUCUCUUGGUUUCAUCCUCCGAUGUGGUUCCAUCCACCUCUUUGGGACAAAUCAUGGGAAUCUCCAGGAGUAUCUUUUGGCGUGAUGUCUCAUGAUGGCGCAUCGAAUCCCUACUAUGGACAACACCCCAUGCCGAUCAACGAAGCACCACAACCUGAAAUUCGUGACGGCCAUCAUGUCGGGGUCCACAAUUCCGCGCCCAAACCUCAAGGGGUUCUACCCAUGAACGACGCUAGAAUUGCUCAUAGUCAUGCUGGAGGUCCUAUACGAAUGAAAGCGGAACAGGUUCCGAUGCAGCACGAUGCCCAAUUCUAUGAAACAAAUGGGAAGACGUUUGUGCAUCCAGAACAUCCAGUCAGCUCUCCUAUCACGAGCGACGGUUUCGUGCACCAAGCGGAUGCUUUUGGUCAUCCUGACGGAUCUCUACGACGCCGGAGCGUUGCUGACAUUAGACAACAGCAGAACACUUCCUGGAGACCCGAGGGACCUCCUCAGCCUCAGUACACCGAGGCAAAGUUCGUCGCGGGUGGUGGUAUGCAUCGACCCCCCACACCACCGCAAGAGAGUCUCCGGUCUCCAACAAACGAAUCAGAUCCAAUGUCAAGACGCAAUUCGGCAACGUCAAGACAAAUUGGAUACUCAGGUAUGCUACCGGAACGACCUGUGAUGGAACCGGCGCAAAUGGCCAUAGCUUCCCAGAUGAGGGAGGCAGAUCACUAUCCACAUCCACCAUCACGAAAGCAGUCCACAGCAGGAAUUCAAGAUGUUGCUAUGGCGGAUGGGGUUGUUCCGUCACAAGAACAAGCCGGGCAACAAGGCUGGCAAUGGCAUUAUCCUGCACCGAAACAAGGUCCUUACCUACCUCAGGGGCCCAUAGUCUAUCACAACCUUGACAGUAUAAUGGAGCAUGGAAUGGCGUACGACCAGCAAUUUCAACGACACUUACAACCGAACCAGGUCGUCUCGACGGGCGCGUAUGCUCCUAAUGCGGGCCGACAUGGCUGGUGGGGAUGAGCUACUUGAUGUUAUGAUUGUCUAGAUACCCCUACCAGCUGUACGAUGGGAUGAUUAUGGAAUGAAUGGGCGGCGCUUCUGAGCGGGACAGUGCAUAUUAAGAUGCCCUAUGUAUAUUAUUAGCCAUGGGCAGCAGCCGUGAUACCAUUAGAUCACUGUGGUAGGCAAGGGAGAAGAGGCCAUUGUGUCAUUGUGCCAUAGUAUGUUAAUAUGAAU